CGCAUGAGUUUCACCUCCAGCGUGGAGCAGACCUGCAAGCUGUUUAUGAUAGCCUACCUGCUGCUCAAGAAAGAUGAAGCGCGGAGCGUCACACUGUUUUCUUCACCUUCUGUGGCUCUUUUUUGUUCAAAUUGAUGCAUCCAGUGAUUUGCCCAUAUGCAAAGAGGUAAGGAGCAUGGAAUGAUAAGUUACUUUUAAACAUAAUUGUGACUGUAAUUGACGGGAUUUUCACCCAUAUGGCAUAACCAUAACAUAAAGUGCACUUCAUUAGGUAACCUAAAUAAAAUGUAGUGUGAUGUUUCACUUAAUGUUUUACAUUUAUUUUGUAUAAAAACUCACAUUUCAGAUAAACUUAACUGAAGUGUAAAGUUUCUAUUAACAUGCUGUAAUUUUCUACAAUAGAAUUGCAAACAUUUUCCUGUAGUUUUCAAUGCAGUCUUGAAAAAAUCCAUUAUCCAUCCUUUUAUGAUCCAUUAUGAAAAGCAUAUUGACUGAUCAGUUGGAGCAGAACUCAUUCAUAUUGACAGAAAUACACGUUGUCUGUUGCAGCCUAUGUCUCAGUAAUGUCUGAAUUUGACCUCCAAAAUGGCACUAUACUGUAAAGUACAAGCCAUCAUAAGUGAAGAUGAUCUAGAAACCUGAUCAUAUAUCAUAUUUGAAGAAGUAUCCUUCACACAAUUAGUAGGAAUAUUUGAUGAGUAAUAGAUGUUUGCUAUAUAUGGAAAUAUGAUGCAAAAGCAAUGAGUUAUCAGAACCAUAUAAUUCAAAACAGUCACACAUGGCUGAAUGGCCAGUUAUAGGACAGAAUAAAUGCAGAGCUGUUGGUCUAUCUGUUAGAAUUCUGCUGUAAUAUUAUGGUAUUUCAAGAUAGUUCAUUUAGGGUGGGGGUCAGUAAAAAACAACAACUUGUAUCACACUUUUCAGCAUGGGCGGGGGGGGGGGGGGGGGGGGGGGGGGGGUCUGGUGGUAAGAGGUGCUGAACUGUACCCCUAGACGUACUAAACAGCUCAACUGUUCUCCAUUUAUUUUAUUUUAAGCAAUGAGGUCAAAUGUAAUCAUUUUAAAAUUAUGUUGAACCAUCAUCAACCCUGUAUACACCUUCACUCUGAGGUAGCCUAUACAGAAAUGAACCAUGGAAACAAUAGUUGCCUAUUUUUCUCCUUUCCUAAAGAGGUUGUCAAUGUCAUGUUAACUUAAUUCAGUACUGUAGAGCUCCCAUACUCAACAGACGGACCCCAGGCCGGAUCCGGACCAAGAACGGGGUCAAUACGGACCACGGGUCCGAAUUAGUUUUUAGUUUUUUAAAUAAAUAAAACAUUUUUUGGGGGAGAAACUCAGUCAGGUAUCAUAUGAACACACAUAAGACAUGGCAAAAUGUGUAGAAUUGCAGGAAAUUAGCAUUAAAACUGCAAAAUGUUCUCUCUGCCAACAGGAGGGGUGUGAACAGUUUGAGGUCGCAUGGGUUGCGAGGUGGGGGUUUGUUACUUCGCCAAUAAAUGACAAUAUCCAUUCGGACCUUUCUUUUCCACCUAGGAAAUCUGUGUGACCGGACCGUCUCAAAUAGUACUUGAGUACCCCUUAUGGUUAUACCUGUGUUAAAUGGACAUGUGUUACACUGGUCUGGUGUCAGUUUAUUUGGUGUUGCUUACAUAGCCUUCAUUAGUCAUAGUCAGGUGCCUGUGUGUAUGCGUGCGUCUGUGAAUCCCCAAGCUUUCUCAACAACAGUUUUCUGCCUUCAGCAAGUCCUUAGUUCUCCUGUUAACAACUCUCCUGGCUGUAGUCUAAUUUCUCUUCUUAAUAUUUGCAUAACUACUGUGGUAUUUGAUAAUGCCUAGGCAUUUCUUGUAGAGAAAUGGAGAGCUGAUAUGCACCAUGUUUGCUAGAAUUGGAAGUUGUCUCCAUCUUUAUGACCCAUUCAUUAUUCCUUGUUCGCAGUGGUGUAAAGUACUUAAGUAAAAAUACGUUAAAGUACUACUUAAGUAGUUUUUGGGGGUAUCUGUACUUUACUUUACUAUUUAUAUUUUUGACAACUUUUAAUUUUACUUUACUACAUUACUAAAGAAAAUAAUGUACUUUUUAUUCCAUACAUUUUCCCUGACACCCAAAAGUACUCGUUACAUUUUGAAUGCUUAGCAGGACAGGAAAAUGGUCCAAUUCACGCACUUAUCAAGAGAACAUCCCUGGUCAUCCCUACUGCCUCUGAUCUGGAGGACUCAUUUUCUAUUCAGGUAUCUUUACUUUUACUCAAGUAUGACAAUUGGGUACUUUUUCCACCACUGCUUGUUCGGUAACAAGGUUACAUAAAGACUUCAUAACACAUUCUUAAGUCAUACGUAACACAUUCAUAAACUGUACACAUUUCAUGAAUGCUUAGCAAAAUCAGCUGGAGCAAAAACAGUUUAUAAUAGAACUAACAAAUGACUUGGCAUCAUGAUCAGGCCCAUGUAAGGUCAAUGUGUCAUAGGAAACCCACAGCCACCUUUACCUCAAGGUGAGAGAGUUUAAAGGCAGAUUAAGUUGAAGGGACACCAUGGCUGACUGAUUCAUCAGAAUGAUUUGUUUUCUGCCACAACCUGUGUGUGUGUGUGUGUGUGUGUGUGUGUAUGUGUGAGACCAUGAGGAGACAGGGUCACAAUGUCCCGUUGCCACGGUGUACUCAUUUCUUUAUGAACAAGGAGUAUUAGAUUACAGCCAGGCAGAGCACAUCUUCAAUUUAUGCAUUUUCAUUUUAUCCAUCAACGUUUCACUUUCACUCCCUCCCCCUCCCUCUCUCUCUCUCUCUCUCUCUCUCUCUCUCUCUCUCUCUCUCUCUCUCUCUCUCUCUCUCUCUCUCCUCUCCCUGUCUCCCUCUCUCCUUCUACCUCUCCGUCUCCCUCUCCCUGCCUCUAUCUCCCUCUCUCUCCCUCUUCUCCACCCCCACUCCUCUUAUCUCUAAAACAAAAGCUAAUGUAGCUGCACUAAUAAAAAACAGAAGCGUGUUAGAGGGAACAUUUGUCUGCUGGUUGUUAACUAUUAAUCCUACAUGGUCCAGAGUGGGGGUUAGGUUUACCCUGCUAAGUGGUCUUGCAAUACUAUUGAGUCCUAUGGGCCCUGGUUAAUAGUAGUGCACUAUGUAGGGAAUAGGGUGCCAUUUGGGACGUAGCAGGAAAUUCUUAAGCAGCACUUUGACAUAUAUGGCCUAAUGGCCUAUUUCGAUGCCUUGACUUUCACCUCUGUACUAGCAUUGCUUGUCAGGACUCAUGGCACUCCACAGCGGCUGUGGGAAGAGCCUGAGUGCCAGUCCAUUUCUGCUGUCUUGCCAACCCCUUAUGGAAUUAUCAUGUCAGUGAGUGACAAGGAGUUGGAAUGAUAGUACAAACAUACUGUAUCUGGGACCAGGCUAGGAAGAGACUGUACUCUUCUGUAUAUUCUCAGUAUGCGUUUUAUAUUCUGGUUACUGACUCACUGCUUACAUCUUCUAAGUAAAGAGUACUCCUACGACGACGUUAUGAUGGGAGGGCUACACCCACAGCAGCCUUUGUCAAAGAAAUACUUACUGUUUUUUAUAAGCACUCUGUCACACCUAUAGCAAAGCCACUUGAAACAAACAAGACAUCCUAUGUCGCCUGUUGUCUGUCUGUAGUUGUAAUGACUUGCUAAGAGAUGAUUGCGAUUAGUUGUUUACAGAAGGGUUGGCCCAGUCUGCAGCUUUGCCAGCUUUUCCUUGGCUACUAAAUAAGUCAAUAAGCCCAAGGUGAGGGAGAUUAAGACAACAGGUGAGGCAGCAGCCUCUUGACUGAGCAAAUAUUGAUCCGAUCCUUCUAUUUGGAAAGGGGGUUGGUCUCGGUUAGAAGGAAAUUUGGCUGAAGGUGAUGCAUUAUGUUGAGAAAUCAUGUGUAUUGGCCAGUUAUCACAUUUUUAAGUCAGUUACAUCAGUCAAAACAUAUUAUUUCACUAAUUUUAGACUCUCUGAGCAUGAUUUAAAAAUUUUAAAAUGGUCCAUCAAAAUGAAUGUGAGGUUAUUUAGGAGUUGACUUGAAGAUACUCCGAAUGGGUAUCUGUGAAUUAGGUGAUGACCUGUGUGCUGUCAUGCUCUAAACCAGGGGUGUCAAAGUCAAAUGGACGGAGGGCCAAAUAAAAAAUUUAGCUACAAGCCGAGGGCCGGACUGUUCGAAUGUUCAUUGAACAUUUUUUAAAUGACGCAUAUAGUCUAGUGAACCUAAUUGAACCUACUGAAAACCUAACAAAUAUAUUCCAAUAUGAUCAGAUAAAUAAAGCAAUAUUUUCUUAUGGCUCUGUCAGUAAUCUUUAAUUUUCAACAGACACAAAAGACAAAUUUCCUUUAUAUAAAAAUCCCCAUAACAUGAACAUUAAAUGAAAGAAACCGGUAUUCAAGGCACCAUCAGUAGCCUAUAUUUUCUAUUUUAGCAAAAGUGGGCUAAAUUUACUUCAAAGAAAAAAACAAUAAUAGCAAUUUUCUAUCAUCCACUCAACUGAAAUAUUUUAAAAAUAUAAUUGGAUUGAAAUACAAUAAAAUAAAGUGCAAAAAUCUAUUAAUCAAAAACAACACUUUGUUUAAGGAGAAGUAACAUGCAGUGAAAACAAAUAUUAAACUUUAACUUUUAAACUUGAACUGAGUAAAAACUCUAAAUAUGUGAUUGCACAGUAAUGUUCACUUGUUUGAGGUUGAGGGUGAUACUUGGUGGUGUCCCAUCUUUUCCACAAGUUCAUCAAUGUUCGGGGUAAGGCUCUGAGCUGAGGAAAUCCUCAGAAUUGAGUGGAGGUGUUCAGCAGUAAGUCGACUUCUGUGUGAUGUUUUGUUCAGGUUCAUCAAAGAAAACAGUUGUUCACACAGGUAUGUGCUGCCAAACAUAGACAACGUUUGAGCAGCCUGGAUGCGCAGCUGGGGCAUUGUGUCGGGGAGGAAACGGGCGAACUCCGCAGCACCCACUGCCGCAUAUUUUGCCCUCAGUGCAUCAUUGCAUUGGAGGUCAAUCAACUCCAUUUGGAGGUUUGGUGGUGAGCUUUCCACGUCAACAGCAAAUGGGUUACCGAGCAGUUCCAACCUGCUUUUUUGUGCUUCAAAGUCAGCAAAUCGGCGUCGAAAGUCAGCGGCAAGCAUACCUAUUUUAUCAGCCAACUGUGCGCUCGGGAACGCACUGGUAGAGAGCUUCUCUUUCAUGGUCUGGCAGCUGGGAAAGUGGCUCAAAUUUUCUUUCCGCAUCUGCGUCUCCCACAGAGUCAGUUUGGUUUUAAAUGCCUUCACUGUACUGUACAUAUCAGAGAUGACAUGAUCCCGACCCUGCAGCUGCAAGUUCAUUGCAUUCAGAUGACUCGUAAUGUCACACAGAAAAGCCAUUUCACACAGAAACAUUUCGUCUCGGAGUUGUGUUGUGUCUUUCCCUUUGCUGUCCAAGAACAGACAAAUCUCCUCACGAAGCUCGAAACAUCUUUGAAGCACCUUUCCCUGGCUUAGCCAUCGCACCUCUGUGUGAUAAGGCAAAUCACCAUGCUCCGUUUCUAACUCCGUCAGAAAUGCCUUGAACUGGCGGUGAUUCAAACCUUUGGCUCUGAUAAAGUUAACUGUGCGCGUGAUGAUGCUCAUUACAUGCUCCAUUUUCAAGGCUUUACCGCACAACGCUUCCUGGUGUAUGAUACAAUGAUAAGCUGUCAGCUCACCUGUCGCGUUUUCCUCUUGCAUCUUUUCCCGUAUCUUCGCCACCAGUCCGCUCCUGUGUCCACACAUCGCAGGUGCUCCGUCGGUUGUCAAACCCACGAGUUUUUCCCAAAGCAGCUCCAUCUCAUUUACACAUCUUGACACCUCUUCAUACAAAUCAUGCCCCGUAGUUGUGCCAUGCAUAGGACGUAAAGCCAAAAACUCCUCUGUCACGCUUAGGCUGGAGUCCACUCCGCGGAUGAAAAUUGACAACUGGGCAAUGUCAGAAAUGUCGGUGCUCUCAUCCACAGCCAAGGAAUAUGCAAUGAAAUCUUUUCCCUUUUUCACAAGCUGCUCUUUUAGAUUGAUGGACAACUGGUCUACUCUCUCGGCAAUGGUGUUUCUGCUCAGACUCACAUUUAAAAAGAGUUGCCUUUUUUCUGGGCAAACUUCGUCACAAACUUUAAUCAUGCAGUUUUUGAUGAAAUCCCCCUCCGUAAAUGGCCGGGCUGAUUUAGCGAUCUCUUCUGCCAAAAUAAAACUGGCCUUGACAGCAGCCUGGCCUUGUGAUUUGGCUUUUUUGAACAGAGCCUGUCGAGAUUUGAGGCCUCGUUUUAAUUCCUCUGCCUUUUGUAGCCUUUGUUCCAUGUCCAUAUUCUUGUUUUUGUCCGCGUGUUUCGUUUCAUAAUGUCGUCUCAGAUUAUACUCUUUCAGUACCGCCACACUUUCUCCACACAGAAGACACACAGGUUUUCCAGCUACCUCCGUGAACAUAUACUCCGACUCCCACCUUGUUUGAAACCCCCGGUUCUCAGUGUCCACCUUCCGUUUUGCCAUUUUUGAUGGGUAUCUGAAAGUUAAUUUUACUGUGAUGCUGACGACUGCUGUGCCAAUAAAUAUUGAAAUGAAGCAGCCUACUGCUCGGUGCGUCACCGUUGCAUUGUGGGAAAUGUAGUAUUGGUGCGUGUAAAAGAUCUGCGGGCUGCCGGCUUGCUGCGGUCUGCGGGCCGGUUCUAAUAAUAAAUCAAGAUCAUCCCAGGGGCCGUAAAAAACCUUCUCGCGGGCCGGAUGUGGCCCGCGGGCCUUGACUCUGACAUAUGUGCUCUAAACAGUCCCAAUACACUGUUCUCAAACUAGCACACUCCACAUACUUUUCAAAAACUAGUGUCACCAUUAGAGGACUACCUUGUGAGUAUUUCAUCCAUUGUUCAGGCUCUUUACACACUCUGUAUAUAUAAAUACCUGACUGGUGUGAGUCUGUGUGUGUUUUUUCUUUCAGUCCGACUACCACUUUGAGUACACAGACUGUGAUGUGCUGGGGUCUCGAUGGAGGGUGGCGGUGCCCAACAAACCAGACACGUGCACAGGCCUCCCUGACCCUGUCAAGGGCACACAGUGUAGUGAGUACUCUACCUACCUCCCUUACACUAUCUACCUACCUCCCUUACUCUAUCUACCUACCUCCCUACCUCCCUACCUCCCUACCUACCUACCUACCUACCUACCUACCUACCUACCUACCUACCUACCUACCUACCUACCUACCUACCUACCUACCUACCUACCUACCUACCUACCUACCUACCUACCUACCUACCUACCUACCUACCCACCCACCCACCCACCCACCCACCUACCUACCUACCUACCUACCUACCUACCUACCUUGUCGUUUUGAAGAGGCGGGGAGAGAGGAUGUGAGGAACCAAAGAAAGGACUAUUGAGAUGCACCCACAGUGUCUCCCUGGCCUGCACUAGACUCAUCUCUCUCUUCUCUCUCCUCCCCCCUCCUCCCCCAGCGUUCUCCUGCAGCGAGGGGGAGUUCCUGGACAUGAGAAGCCAGGAGUGUCAGAAGUGUUCUGCUGGGACCUACUCUCUGGGGACGGGCGUGGCCUUCGAUGAGUGGGACAGCAUGCCGGCCGGCUUCAUCUCACACGGGAUGAACAUGAACAUAGCCGACAUCUACACCAACUGUUCAAAGUCAGUAUCUCUCUCUCAGUCUUGCUUACAGCGGGUGUGGGAAUAGAGUAGUAUCUCUCCAUCUCAAGCUUGGGUUAUUUAAGGGCCAUUUACAUCUGCCUGGUCCCAGAUCUGUAUGUGCUGUAUAGCCAACUCCUAUGGCUGUUGGCAAAACAGUAAAAACUGAUCUGGGACCAGGCUACCUUUCUACGCAGCCGCAUACUGUUUAGUGCAUUGGAAGACACCCUUAUUUUAGUUUCCAUUCAUCUCAACCUUCAGAGCUUCUGUCUAUUUUCUUGUUUGUCUUCUCUUAUAGCUCAACCUGGAUACCGAAAGGCGACUACAUUGCCUCUAACAUAGAUGAGUGCACCUCUACCUUGUCCUACGCUGUCAGCCUGAAGAAAGCAGGCACUGUGUCCUUUGAGUACUUCUACCCAGACAACACCAUCUUCUUUGAAUUCUAUGUGAGUGUUCCAUGUUCUAUGUUUUAAGUGUUCUAUGUGAGUGUUCCAUGAUACUCUCCAUUCAUUUCCAAUGGACAGGGCUACGUGAUGUGCUCCUCAAUCUAUCUCCAUCAUCUCCAUGCUAUCUAAACGAGGAACUGUAAUGAACUGAACUGUGUGCGUCAGGCUGCCAUGUUGUAUUGAUCUCAUCGUCCUGUCUUGUCCUCCGUCCAGGUUCAGAAUGACCAGUGUGAGUCCACAGACUCUGAGGGUCGCUGGAUGAGGACCUCAGAGAAAGACUGGACUCCCCACAAUGUGAGUCUUACUACUAUAGCCCCCCAUACAUUCAUACACUGAGCAUGGUGGGGUAGUGACCCUAAUCUCGGAACCCAGAACCAAAUCUUGUAUGCAUGAACUAUGCUAAUGUCUAUUAAGGGAGAUGAUGUAUGACCCCCGAAGGUUGCUCUCGCUCUCUCUCUGUCCAGUUGAAGCUGAAUCGAGGCAACAACGUGCUCUACUGGAGGACCACGUCUUUUGCACUGACGGGCAGUACUGUCAAACCUGUGCUGCUUCGCAACAUUGCCAUCUCAGGUACUAUACAGUAGUCAUUGAUGUCAUCAUUUUCUAUCCAGACUUGUUUGCAGAUUGCCAUCCCUGUUUAUUUAGGGUUGAUUAUGAUACCCCGGCAGGAGUAUUUUUUUUUAGCAAUAUUCAAAACAUUUUGUAGCCCCAACACCUAGCAACCUCGUCAAGAGAUUCAGAUCUUUUGGUGUAACGGUUUGACAGUCGCUGAACCUAGGUUUGCGUCCCGGUUGAGGCUACCCCUCAAAAGCGCUGCAAUGUAAAAAACUGAAAAGCUAAGAUGCACACCUCUUCUUACUCUUGUUUCUGUUAAUAAUUACUGAUUGAUAAUCAUCCUGCUCCUCCAGGGGUUGCCUAUACGUCAGAGUGUUUCCGUUGUAAACCUGGGACCUACAGCACCAAGCCAGGCUCUGCUCACUGUACCCCCUGCCCUGCCGACUCCUACUCCAACAAGGGAGCCACGGUGUGCCAGCAGUGUGAAGAAGACAAAUAUGCAGGUAUGUUUGCAUUCUAGCACCAGCCACUUAACCCACGAAGGGUAAACUAUAUACCUGAAAGAUAUGAACUGCUAGGACUAUUUCCGCGUAGAUAUUUCUCCCUGUUACAACCGAUUGAAUAGUGGAUUGCUCACUUGCAAGUCACCACACAAAUGUAUAUAAUGUAUGCAAAUAUACUGUACAUGCUCUUGGUUCAAUUAAAUGCACAGGCUGUGUGGUUGGUUGACUUAGUCUAAGUGUGUGUGGUAUCUCUGGAUCUUAAUGGUGGUUAUGUUUUUCUCCUGCCUCUUGGUGGUUUUCCACUGGGUCGUGUUCAGUAGGACACACCAUAGCAAAAUGUUUAGCAACAGACAAGAAAAAUCUGUUUUGUUAUUGGACAUGUUCAUGCACUACCACUCUGUUUCGAAACAUGACUGAACACAACCUACUGAACACAACCCUUGUUCCCUUGUUCAAACGCUUCUUCCAGAGGCCGGAUCAGGGAGCUGCAAGCAGAGGCCUGCAUGUACCACCAGUGACUACUUCUACACUCACACCCCAUGUGACUCCAAAGGACAGGUAAUACUAUGGGAAAAGUAAAGAGAAAGUAAAUGAAGCUGACUGACAAUGCUGUUCAUAUGUGAGCAGUCAGUUGUUUUUUCAUGGCUCAGGUCACUACAGUGACCACCAGCUGGAGUUGGUAUCAGCUUUCCUUACAUAUUGAUUGUCUGUUUAGUCCUGACAGGUUCUAUUCAACCAGUAUGCACUCAGUCAUGAUGAUUAGCCAUAAUGUAGCAUACAUACAUUGAUGCGAUAUGUGGUUAUUUUACCUCCCUUAGUUGAAUGCACCAAUUAUACAUUAAUAAGAGUGUCUGCUAAAUGACUAAAAUGUCAAUGUAAUUCAUAACUCCCCCCCAUACGUAAAGAAAAAAUUAUGCACACAUGACUGUAAGUCGCUUUCGAUAAAAGCGUCUGCUAAAUGGCAUAUUAUUAUUAUUAUUAUUGCUCUGUUUCUUAGACCCAGCUGAUGUACAAGUGGAUCGAGCCAAAGAUCUGUAGUGAGACCGUUGAAGGGGCAGUGGAUAACAGUACUGAAGGAGCAGUGAAGCUACCAGCCUCUGGACAGAUGGAGACCUGCCCUCCCUGUAACCCUGGCUUCUCUGUCACCAACACCUCAGCCUGCGAACCCUGUCCUCACGGAUCCUACUCCAAUGGAACAGGUGCAAAAACCCCUCCUCAAAGUAACGAUUGAUGAAAUGUAUUAAUGGAAAUAAACAUGAUUGUGCUAUGUUUUGUGCUCGGUGCUAUAUGAGGAACAUUCUGCAACAAGUGUUGCAGAAACACAACAGCUUAUGUCCUUCAAAAAAUGCCAAUGUUUUUAUGCUGUCAGAUCUUUUGUUGCAAUAAUUACUUACUUACUUACGUAAUCCUCUAUGCCCCCUUUGGGACAUAAGACCGCUUUGGCACAAAUAUAAACCCACUGCUCUUUAACAGUAGCUCUCGAUCCCUCAUGUCCAUAUCCAGCCUGUGCUGAUUGCUUGAGGGCCACUGGUGGUCAACUAAACCUCUCUACUGUGUCUUUAUCUAACACUCUCUAUCCAUACUCUAUGUGCAGCCUGUGCAGAGUGUCCGGUAGGAACAGAGCCGGUGGUGGGCUUUGAGUACAAGUGGUGGAACAAGAUGCCCGACAACAUGAGGAGCUCUGUCUAUAGCCGGGAGUACAGCGACUCAGUCAGGAGCACGGGUAAGGGACUCUAAUACCUUUUUCACUCUACUGAGGCAAACCAAGCCAAGUUGUAAUGGGCUGGCCUGGUUACGAAUCGGCAAUAGUUACAGCGACUCAGGAGCACUGGUACAUAUGUAAAGGACUCAAAUACCCUUUUUACACUAUCGCACUGACACGAACCACACUGUGGUGAUGUGGAUACUGUAUAUUCCUUUCAAAUUGUAAUUUCCAGCAACUAUGGUGGAUGUGUAACCAGGACAGCUGGUACAGCUCUGCUUGGCUCGGCUAAAUUCAGCAGGGUGAAAAAGGCCUACUUUUGAAUGAGCAGUCAUAAAGUAAUUGACUUGAUCCUGAGUGUUGCGUUUGACGUGAUGUGCACUCUCUGUUGGUGGCCUGUGAAGUUAUUGAUUGUUGAUCUGUUGUUGUGACUGACAGGAUGGGAGGUGGCAGGAGAGUACAUCUACACCACCCCAGGGGAUCUGGACUCUGACUACAUGAUGCUCUCACUCACUGUCCCUGGAUACAGGUAGGGCUCGCAGGUUAAAUCUGUGGAAGUUACAACAAACACCCGAAUGAAACUGCUUAUGAAUGGGUUAUGUAUGAGUUAUGAAUGUGUUAUAAAGUCCUUAUAUAGGUACCCUUCUAAAAAAAAGUGUUACCCUUGAAUUUAACAUAUUUGCAUAACACUGUAUGUGUAAUGCUACAGUAUAUGUGCUGUAGGUGUCAUGUAUUGUUGUGGCUGUAGUAAACAGUUACCUUUAAAUAUUUUCUGUCUCCCUAGGUUGCCUCACUCGAUGGCUAAGGAUGAUGAGAGGAGUGAACUGUCCCGGAUCUCCUUUGUCUUUGAGACCCAGUGCACUGCUGAUUGUACCCUCUACUUUAUGGCGGUGAGAGAGAAUAUCUCACGCAACAUUUCAUGCAACAAUUUAAAGUAUUUGUAGUCACAUAGUACAUUUGGUUAAUCUGUAUUCAAGACCUACAGAGUUGGAAUAUUGAUGUAAACAAAAAUACAAAUUUUGUGGAUUGUAAAGAAAAUGAACGAAAAUGUAUUCUUUUCCCAGGGUUACAAUGAGAGGACCAACGACAUGUUGGAGCACUGGAGGGGCACGACCAGGAAACAGUCCUACUCCUACCUAGUGAAGAGCAACAGCACCGUCAGCUUUACCUGGGGCUUCCAACGCACCCAGGCCUUCAGUGAGGUGAGAUAGAUAGACACAGACACACUCACACUCAACACACUUAGAUCCAUGGAAAUUUCAGCCAUUUCAUUGCUGAGCUUUCCAUCACAGACAGUGGACCUUUACCAGAGGGACAACACCUCCCAUGUCAUACGAAACACUAACUCAUCUCCGCAGAUAAUGCAUCUCUGCAUGACUCAACUCCACAAUAUUUCUUCAGCCCCUUAUGAAGGAGUGAUGUGUGUUUGACUAGUGUGGCAUAGCCUUACGUACUGUAUGAGUACUGUCCCUAUCUUCUCCUCAGGUGAGGCAGUACAGCGGUGACUUUGCCAAGAUGUACUCUGUCCAAAUCACCAACGUGAUGGGAGGUGUGGCCUCUCAGUGUCGUCACUGUGCCUUGGGCUCCGGGUCGGCCUCAGAAUGCGUCCCCUGCCCUCCAGCCCACUAUAUGGUCAAGGGGACAGGCAUGUGUAAGAGCUGCCCUCCCAACACCUUCAUCAGGGCUGAUCAGACCGUAGGGGAGGCAGCCUGUGUCCACUGUGGACCCAAUACGCACAGCAACAAGGUAAGGAAGGGGAUCGACGACGAACUGAAGAACUGUUGUAUUCGUGCAUUCAUCAGAUAAUGUAGGCCUGCGUGUAAAGUUUUUUUUUAGCUGUGAACGUAACACAAAUCAAAGUACUAAUAAAGAUCAAUGCAUCAUUUGUUGCAUUUUUAAAGCCUGUGAUACACAAUACUCUGAAUUAUUUAUUGUGCUUUGAAGGUGUGCCCAUGAUAAUGCAUUUCAUUGUUUCCAUGAUAAUGAUAAUGCAUUUGUGUCCAUGAUAAUGUAUGGUAAUCCUGUUUCUCCCCCAUCCCCUCCCAGGCCCACUCAGCCUGUGUUAGCGACUGUAGACUGGACCUGCAGUCCACCGUAGGAGGAGAGGUCCUCCAAUAUGACUUCACCCCCCUGGCUAACAUCACCAGCUUCCAGAGCAGCCCACGCUUCACCAGUAAAGGCCUCCGAUACUUCCACCAGUUCAGGGUCGGCCUCUGUGGAGAAGAGGUAAGGUCUGAUGGAUGGAUACGGUUCUAUUUAGAAUACACCUUUGGUCAAUCUCAAAAGUAUUUUCCUCGCUUCCUUGCAUCCUCUCUUCUUACCUUGUCAAAAUGUCAGAGGAGAGCAUUGGAGAAGAUCUCCUCUUUCUGUCUCCUCCAUUGCUCUCCUUGCUUCCCUCUGACAUUUUGAGAAGUAGACAAGGAAAGAGGACGCAAGGAAUCGAGGAAAAUACUUUUGAGAUUUACCCCUUGAACACAGUAAUGAUGGUUACAUAGAAACUCACAUUAUUGGUGAUUCUCUGUUGUGACCCGUGUAGGGCAGAGAGGUGGCGGUGUGCGUUGACAACGUGACAGAGAGCAGGAAGGUCAGAGGUUACGCCUGCCAGUCCACCGUGGUGCCCUCUGAGGUCAGAGGUCAGAGUGUGGUGUCAUCACAACCCUUCACUAUCGGUGACACACUCAUUGGUAAGAGAUCAAGCUUUACUCCAUGAUGUAUCCCUCUCAAAUAGCAAUAUAUACACACCAAAAAACACCUGGCUGGUAAAGGGUCUUGGGGACAGCUUUGCAUGAAGCCAAGGAUGGACUUGAAAUUAUUAUUGUCCAUUUUCUUUGUUGGGUAACUUUACCAACUGAUCAUGAUCAACGGGGUGGUGUACAGAAAACACUGUCACCAUUGCUGUGUCGUUGUGUCUCCUCUCUUGCUUGAACAUGUUUUGUUUCUGUUUGAAGGGGUUACCUCUGACACAUCUCUGGAUAGCAUUGCCUCUCUUGAAAGCUAUUUCACUACCAAGUCCAACCUGCCUGAUGUCAUAUUCUACUACAGGUAUCAUCAUCAUCAAUCUGGGUUUUCAAAUAAAACAAAUAUUUGUUACUGCGGUUUUGUAUACUUUUAAGCCAGUCGUUUUGAAACUUUAAGGCAGAGACAUAACCAGAUGUUCUAGUGGUGGCUAGUUUGUUGUUCUAUAAUUAAGUACUAUCCCAACUCAGUACUAUAUAACCUCUCUUUAUCUGCCACUGUACUCUGUAUUUAGAAGUCAUAUUAUGUCCACCACAGGUCCAGUGAAACAACACAGGCAUGUAACAAGGGAAGGACAACUACCAUCAGACUGAGAUGUGAUCCUACAGUGACAGGCAAAGACCAGAUUACACUCCCAAGGUAUGGACUACUGUACAUGACUAACUGACUGAAGUAAACUAUGUAGACUCUCAAAAUGUGGCUGAACUGACACUGGCAGUGCACUCUGAUAUUUGUACAGAGAGUGACUUCCUGUGGAAUAAUGAUGGAACUACAACUAUUGCACCACCUCAAAUAAAGACUUGCUAUUACAGCUUAGCCUUGACCCCAGCUGUACUGUGUGAUGUCUGGAAGACUACAGUGUGCUAAACUCUCCCAACCCGAAUAAGAGCGGAGCACCAACAGCUGCUAGGUGAAUCUUAACAUUCAACUCUGUCUUUGUUGUCCCGUCCAGUAAAUGUUCAGAGGGGACAUGUGACGGCUGCUCCUUCCAUUUCCUAUGGCGGUCUCAGUAUGCCUGUCCACUCUGUACAGAGAGACACUACAGAGAGAUAGUCAGCGCCUGCAUACAGGGAAUACAGGUAAGAUAUUACAUUAGUACAGAGUCCUGCUUUCAUAUACUCUUCUUUGCUGGCUUUGGAGCAUAAGGCUACAAAAAGCUUCUACAUCAUGCCAGACAGUCCUUUGCAGCUUUUUGAUUCUUAACUAUGCACAUUGUCUAAUGUAGACUUGCGAUAACACUAUCAAAACAGCCAAAUUAUACUAAUGUGUGUGUGUGUUUGUAUCUCUCUCUCUCUCUCUUUCAGAGAACCACCUACGUGUGGCAGCAGCCCCUGCAGUGUACUGGUGGUGUGUCCCUGCCUGCCCAGACGGUCAGUGCCUGUGUGACCCUGGACUUCUGGCUGAAGGUCGGUGUGUCCACAGGGACGGUCGCUGCCAUACUGCUCAUCAGCAUCAGCUGCUACUUCUGGAAGAGAACUCGCAAGUAAGAUAUAGUCUAUGUGUGUGUGUGUGUGUGUGUGUGUGUGUGUGUGUGCGUGAGGGUGUAAACAUGACUGAAGCCUUUUUGAGGACUGGUGGUGUGUGUGUGUGUGUGUGUGUACAUCUGUGCAUGCAUGUGAGGAGUGACAGGAGUCUUUGUGGUACUGUGUACAUGCACUUGUGUGUGUGUGGGUAUCUAUUCAUGUGCCAGUGACAGUGCGUGUUUUCUCUCCCCUUCAUAUGCAGGCUGGAAUAUAAGUACUCCAAGCUGAUGAUGACUGCUGGAGAUAAGGAGUGUGAGCUGCCUGCUGCAGACAGCUGUGCCAUCAUGGAGGGAGAAGAUGCAGAGGACGACCUCAUCUACCUCACCAAGAAAUCCUUCUUCACUAAGAUCAAGUCCUUCUCCAGAGAGGUGAGGCCAAAAAGGUGGUGAUGUGAUGUUUCAAAAAAGACAUGAGUCCUCCUUAUACAGGGAACUGGGAACAAGAUCUGUAUCACUGUAUGUGGUUUGUAUAAAUAUUUUGCAUUAGAAAUAUAUUUCUGGUAUAAAAUGUCUGAAAUGUGUCUGUAAUACUGUAAAUCAUACUCCAAGAGACGUUUCCCAUUGAAUGUGCAAUGGAAAGUAGUACUUAAAGUAGUUAUUAUCUUAUCAAUUAAUGUUUUGAUCACUCUAAAAUGAGAACAACUGUAUUUGAUGUGUUUCCACAGAGAUCGUCAGAUGGAUUUGACUCUGUUCCCCUGAAGUCAUCAUCAGGUUUGGAGAUGGAGAUGAGCUAGAGCGGGGA